AUGAUAUACCUCUACGCGGCGACUCGCCUACUGGUCAAAGAUCCCCCAGCAUGGCCCGACAUGGAAUUACUCAUUCUUCGCCAAGAUCCCAAACGACUUUUCUUUGGCAAGGAAAGACCAACGGACUACCAAGAGGUCUUGAAACAUUUUGAAUGGGCAUUUGGGGAGAGGGAACAGAAUCCUUGCCCUGAACGAGUGCAACAUCUCGUGGACCCUAGCAUAUUGACAGGUAGCUUCCACGACCGGUUCAAUCACCGCGUGGAAAAUAGCGAAGAGAUUGAUACAGAAGUGUCUAAGUGGGAGGCACUGGUUAGCAGCAAAGAAGGCAUGACGCACAUGCUUCGUCAAACGAACUUCCCUACGGCGAUGCACACUGAAGCCAUAGAAGCACUUCAAAGGCAGGCCCAGAACAAUAAGCCAGAUGCGGUACUCAACCGGCUCAGCACGUGGCUAGAGGCGGAUGCUAUCGAUCUCAACUUUGACCGGCUGACCUUGCACAACAUGUGCGUAUCCUUUUGGGGUGAUCUUUACCCCAGGCUCGUCGAGUCCAGGAAAACCCUGUCCUUCAAACCAGAAACUUUCCGCAAGACGCCUCGCCCACAAAUUGGCCUCGUUCGGCAAAUACUGCGCGAAGCGGUCCAAGCCUACAACACUUCUCAGAAUUUAGCACUUGAAAGCCCUGCAUAUACAUACGGGCAAGGUCUUCGGAUUGCGGCUGCUCUGUUGAAAGAGACAGUGACGGCGCCAAUGGAUAGCACGAAAUGGGGUCCCACCACGGAAGGCGAUAUCUGUAUUCGUGCCACAAUGAUACAAGCUUCUAGUUCUGCGCAAAUAUUGCACUAUCCGGGCGCCUACUACAUGAUACCCGGUCCGGCACAUAUGUCAGAGCUCUAUUGGGGCUGGGACAUGACGGUUUUGGAAGACCUUCACACAGUGCAGUUUGCUGGUCUCUCUCAUAUAAAGUUGGAACAGUAUCAAGCGAGGAGACUUGAGGAACUGAAACAGCAACUCGAUGAGGACGAGGUCUUUCGAAAGCAGGCAGCAAAUGUUGAACGAAAGAACUCUGAGCAAGGCUCAUCAGCGCAGAAAUCUACGAAGAAGCCAAAGAACCUAAAGAAGAAGAAGAACGGUAAAGGCACAACCUUUUAA